UUAUUUGUGAUCAGACUGUGGAAACAGAUUUCAUGGCUGACAAUGUGAACUCAACGAUUCUAAGAGAUGAAAAUGUGGCACCAUAGCUCGGCCCAAGGAUAUUUGUGCUUAAAUAUUUGUAAAUAGAAAACAUUGUAGUUUUAUUUAUAAAUCUACCAAGCAUUGGAAGAGGAGGGUUUUAAUUGUCUGAUAUUUGAUCUAAUUUCAAGAAGCUGAAUCACUGGAGCCAAAAUGUCGAGUGGUAUGGUCAGAUCUCAAGCCAGGAAAGAUACCAAAAUGCGUAUCAGGGCUUUUCCUAUGACCAUGGAUGAGAAGUAUGUGAACAACAUAUGGGCUCUACUGAAAAAUGCCAUCCAGGAAAUUCAGAAGAAGAAUAACAGUGGCUUAAGCUUUGAAGAGCUGUACCGUAAUGCCUAUACCAUGGUUUUACACAAACAUGGUGAAAAACUUUAUACAGGCUUACGGGAGGUCGUCACUGACCAUCUUGUAAACAAGGUGCGUGAGGAUGUCCUUGAGGCUCUAAACAACAACUUCCUGCAGACCCUUAAUAUUGCGUGGAACGAUCAUCAAACAUCCAUGGUGAUGAUCCGCGAUAUCCUCAUGUACAUGGAUCGAGUGUAUGUUCAGCAGAACAAUGUGGACAAUGUCUACAACCUUGGACUGAUCAUAUUCAGGGAUCAGGUUGUCCGCCAUCCGGUCAUCCGAGAUCAUUUGAAGUCAACGUUGCUGGAAAUGGUGGCUCGGGAACGGAAGGGGGAGGUUGUAGACAGAGGGGCUGUGAAGAACGCUUGUCAGAUGUUGAUGGUUCUCGGUAUCGACUCUCGCAACGUGUAUGAGGAAGACUUUGAAAGACCUUUCCUCGAACAGUCAGCCGAGUUCUACAGGCUGGAGAGUCAGAAGUUCCUGGCAGAGAACAGUGCAUCUGUGUACAUUAAGAAAGUGGAGGCCCGCAUCAACGAGGAAGCAGAAAGGGCCACACACUAUCUAGACAAGUCCACAGAGGAACCGAUAGUCAAGGUUUUAGAAGAGGAACUAAUUAGCAAGCACAUGAAAACAAUUGUAGAGAUGGAAAACUCUGGUGUUGUACAUAUGCUAGAGAAUAACAAAACUGAUGACCUAGCAUGCAUGUACAAGUUGUUUAUACGGGUACAAAAGGGGUUGAAGACUAUGUGUGAAUGUAUCAGCAAGUACCUUCGAGAGCAAGGUCGCGCCCUGGUGGUAGAGGAGGGUGAAGAGGGGAAAAAUGCCAUUACAUACAUACAGAGUUUAUUGGAUCUGAAGGAUCGGUUUGAUCACUUCCUUCAUGAGUCCUUCAGUGACGAUAAGCAGUUCAAGCAGAUGAUAUCCAGUGACUUCGAGUACUUCAUCAACCUCAACUCCAAGUCCCCUGAGUACCUGUCACUCUUCAUCGAUGACAAGCUCAAGAAGGGUGUGAAGGGGAUGACAGAGCAGGAGAUUGAGAAUGUCCUGGACAAGAGCAUGGUGCUGUUCCGUUACCUCCAGGAGAAGGAUGUGUUUGAACGAUACUACAAGCAGCAUCUGGCACGGCGGCUGCUCCUUAACAAGAGUGUGUCCGACGACUCCGAGAAAAACAUGAUCUCCAAGCUCAAGACGGAGUGUGGGUGUCAGUUUACAUCCAAGCUUGAAGGGAUGUUCAAGGAUAUGACGGUGUCCAACACCAUCAACGAGGAGUUCAAGGGUUUCGUCACACAGGCACAGGUGAACUUGUGCGGAGUGGACCUGACUGUGCGAGUGUUGACAGCUGGCUUCUGGCCCACACAGUCUGCCACGCCCAGCUGCAACAUCCCCCACGCACCACGGACAGCAUUCGAGGCAUUCAGGAGAUUUUACUUAGCGAAACACAGUGGCCGUAAGCUGACGCUUCAACCACACCUGGGAUCAGCCGACUUACAUGCAACAUUUUACGGCCCCAAAAAGGAGGAACCAUCAGAGAUGAGUGCGGCCAGCUCCGCCAAGGGGCCCCGGAAACACAUCCUGCAGGUGUCCACGUACCAGAUGUGUAUACUCAUGCUCUUCAAUAAUAGGGACAAGUGGACGUAUGAGGAAGUAAAGAAUGAGACCGAUAUUCCGGAGCGAGAGUUGACAAGAGCGCUACAGUCACUAGCUGUAGGUAAAAUAGCUCAGCGGGUUCUACACAAGGAACCCAAGACAAAAGAUAUAGAACCUAACCAUUUGUUCACAGUCAAUGAUCAGUUCUCGUCCAAACUAUUCAGAGUAAAGAUACAGAUGGUUGCGGCCAACAAGGGGGAGGCGGAGCCAGAGAGGAAGGAGACGAGAAACAAAGUGGAUGAGGAUAGAAAACAUGAAAUAGAAGCUGCUAUAGUUCGUAUAAUGAAAGCAAGAAAGAAGCUACAGCACAACGUUUUAGUUGCAGAGUGUACGGAAAUGCUGAAGCCUCGCUUCCUGCCAAGUCCGGUGAUUAUAAAGAAAAGGAUAGAGGGCUUGAUAGAAAGAGAAUACCUGGCCCGAUCUACAGAAGACAGAAAAGUGUACACGUAUGUAGCCUGAGGGUGGACAGGCAUUUCCUUGGACUUUGUCGCAGUUUGAAGAUGGAUAUUUCCCAGAAUAAACCUUAUGUGAAGAUAUAUGUACAUAUUUAUAUGAUAAAGACAAAAAAAUGUUUUUGUUUUUUUCUAAGACUUGGAUAUUAAUUCUGUGAAGACUUUGGGGCGCAGAAGCCGUAUUUAUCCCAUCAGUACGUAUCCCAGGGACUGUGGAAGAGGAGGAGUUGUGUCUUUGCUCAUGAAUAUUCAUAACCAGCUGUUAAAUAUUCAUACAGAGCUUGUGAAUAUUCAUCUCAGUCUGACGAUUCCUUACUGUGUUGUUGCUUGUUUAUUGGAUUAUCAACAUUGAAUCACAACGGGGAAGGUUUGUAGACUUAACCAAUGGUUGGAAAGAACAUGGAAGCUUGGAACUAUUUGUUCGAACAUGUUGGCUGCUGUCAGUGGACGAUGGCGACAUGGAAGUGGAAGAAAGCGGAAGGCAAAAUUUUAUGAGCUGCUGUAUUCAGAUCAGACUUCAGCUGUCUGCUUAAAGUAGUCCAACCCUGAUCUAUGCACCAAAUUUUUGAACACAGAUUUUAACCAACUCACUGGCAGGUGUUUUGUCAGUAGUUGUUGGUCUGUUCAAAACAGGUGCAUGUGUGAAUGUAUCAUGUCUUUACUAUAUUUCCAGUUUCUAAAUAUAGCUGUUGGUGUGACAACCACUUUUACAUCAAAUACAUGUUUGCUUUCAGACAUGAAAGUGUCGACUUUAAAAUGAGAUGUGAUACAUCUCUGUUUAAGUAAUAAUAUUUAGACGUUUUCAAAUCAAGGUUUUUGUGGUGAUUUACAAUGGGAGAUAAUUGAGCUUUGCGGUAAGAGGGUUGUCUCCCCUGAAUGUAUAGUAAACUUGGAUCUGUGUAUUUAGUGUGUUGACUGAUUCUGAAUGUUAGAGAAUGGUGUUGGGUAGUUGGACAAGCACUGAUUAGUCUGAUGAUAAUACACUGUGUAUGUGGAGAUCCCUUCGGCCAUGCUACACCUUCGUUCUUACAUGGGGCACUUGCUGUUAGUGAAAAUCUACAGAUCUGUUGCUACAAAAAUGAGUCCAAGCUGCACGUUAAUUUGAAGUUGCGAGAAGUAAAUGUGUUUUAUGUACAGAUACAUAUUAAUUAUUAAUCCACAAGAAAUGUUCAAAUGUAUUUUUACAUUAAAAUCUGUGAUUCAGAAAAGGAAUUUCAGAUAUUAAGUUAAUUCUCGUAUGUUGCCCCUGUGGCAGACUUAUGAUUGUUACUCUGUUCCCUCAGUCUUUGUACAUUUGUGGGAAGUACCCUGUGUGACUCCUUACUUCAUGUAAAGCCUCUGUUAUGGAAUGUCAUGUAUAUUUGACCUAGCAUUGCACUGUUGUUUUGUCAAAGUUCACCUAGAUCCCCAGUAUAUGCAGCCAAAUACUUCAGCAAAACUAGUCAUUGGCCUUUAUGAACAUUCAAGCAAAAAGCAAGCUUUUGUGUUGAUAAUAUAACACUGUAGAAAAACCUUGUAAUUCCAAACCCAAAACUAUGUUUGGAGAGAGAAAGUAUACGUAGGCCUCUUUGAGCGGCAAUUAUUGUUAAUAUAUUCAAAGCUUCAAACACUGUCAUGAUGUCUUCAUGUGAUAUAAAUUAAUAUAAUUGACAGAUUGACUGAACGUAUGGACGCUUUACGGUUAUCUUCACAAGAAAAAAGUUGGCAACACAAAGACCAGACUUUUUUUAUAAACCUUGAUUUUCAAAUCCAAACACUGUAUUAAUGGGAUAAGAAAAUGGGGGUGGGACUUUGUAUUCCACCAAGGAACCAGUUCAAAAGUUCGAUGACAGAUAAAAUACUUUAUUUCUUAAGUUUUGAGGCAUACACCACCACCACCCAAAAAACUUAAUUCAGAAAAGUCCUGAGUUUUGUGGCCUCAAAUCUGCCAUUCUGUAUUACACACAGCACUAGAUGGACUUACCACUAUUGCAAGCAAUGAUAAAACCCUACCUAGUGGAAGACUGGAUGUAUUUGUGACAUAUCCUAACAGUAUAUUCAGUAGGAUCAGUUUAGUUUUGUAAAAAUGUUAAGAAAUCAGUUGAGCUGUUAAGAGAUGUCUAACGGGAUCCGAGGGUCCGACUUGCUGACAUGGUUGAUCCAAGUCAUUUUAUCCCAAUAUGUGGAUCAAUGCUGAUGAUGUUAUCACUUGAUUGUCUGGUCCACACUGCAGUUAUAUACCAGUAGCUGAAAUAUUACUGAGUGCGGCGUUAAACAACAAACAAAUAAAACAAUGCUAAGUUGACUUUGUCAUCCCCUACCACUAAACCUAAGGAAUUAAAUUUUGUAUACGAUAUGGAACUUUUGAACUGGUCCCCAAACAGAAAUAAGUAAAAUGGUAAAAAGAAUAGAUCAUUUACUGUUGCUAUCAAUAUAAGUAUAUAUGAAGGACUAGAAUUAAAAUCUGUUGAAAAUUUAUCGUAAAACUUAUUAACUUUGAAUUAUGAUGAAUCAGGCGAGGAAAUCAAAACAAACAUUCAAAAAAUAUUUAUAAAAUAUGUAUAUAUUCAUUUUUUGGACCUACCUAUCUGAAUUUUUUUACCAAAUAUCUGUAAGUCCCCCAAAAGAAGAAGUCUGGUCUAAGAUCAUGUUGAUAUGUAAUGUGGCAUUAGUUUUAAUUAACUGUCAUAGCUGAAGGUAAAUGGCAAGCUGUGACUGAGGGUCUAGGAUAACUCUGUAUGUAACAGGAGUGGGGUAGCGUGGCAGCCUGCCUACAUGCUAUACAGGGUUGCUGUGUGUACAUCACGUGGCUGUGUACUGUCAGUGUGGCAGCCUGCCUACAUCACGUGGCUGUGUACUGUCAGUGUGGCAGCCUGCCUACAUCACAAGGCUGUGUACUGUCAGUGUGGCAGCCUGCCUACAUCACGUGGCUGUGUACUGUCAGUGUGGCAGCCUGCCUACAUCACGUGGCUGUGUACUGUCAGUGUGGCAGCCUGCCUACAUCACAAGGCUGUGUACUGUCAGUGUGGCAGCCUGCCUACAUCACGUGGCUGUGUACUGUCAGUGUGGCAGCCUGCCUACAUCACAAGGCUGUGUACUGUCAGUGUGGCAGCCUGCCUACAUCACGUGGCUGUGUACUGUCAGUGUGGCAGCCUGCCUACAUCACGUGGCUGUGUACUGUCAGUGUGGCAGCCUGCCUACAUCACGUGGCUGUGUACUGUCAGUGUGGCAGCCUGCCUACAUCACGUGGCUGUGUACUGUCAGUGUGGCAGCCUGCCUACAUCACAAGGGUGUGUACUGUCAGUGUGGCAGCCUGCCUACAUCACGUGGCUGUGUACUGUCAGUGUGGCAGCCUGCCUACAUCACAAGGGUGUGUACUGUCAGUGUGGCAGCCUGCCUACAUCACGUGGCUGUGUACUGUCAGUGUGGCAGCCUGCCUACAUCACAAGGGUGUGUACUGUCAGUGUGGCAGCCUGCCUACAUCUCGUGGCUGUGUACUGUCAGUGUGGCAGCCUGCCUACAUCACGUGGCUGUGUACUGUCAGUGUGGCAGCCUGCCUACAUCUCGUGGCUGUGUACUGUCAGUGUGGCAGCCUGCCUACAUCACAUGGCUGUGUACUGUCAGUGUGGCAGCCUGCCUACGUAAGUGGCUGUGUACUGUCAGUAGGGUGGCCUGCCUGCUACAUUGUUGCUGAUCUACAUCACAUGGCUGUAUACUGCGUGAUGGCUCCUAUUGUCACAUCAGGGCAAUGCACAACAACUCAAAAUGUAAAUAUUCCGUGUCAUGUCAGGUCGCACCUGGCACAUUAUGUCAGAACGUUUGAUGAUAGACCUGGGCUCAUGACCAAAUGAAAAUAAAAUUUAAAAACACCUUA